CUAUGGGCGUGGCUAUGUUCACCUGGGUGCAGUCAGCGUCAUGUUCCCAGGCUCCAGGUAACCCGGGCAGACCAGCAGGUGCUGUGAGUCGACGUGCAGCUCCGAAGGAGACCGGCCCAGCCCACAGCAACACACAGGACUCUAGUCGUCGUAGUGCAGAAUGAGAGGACGGUACAAACGAAAGGACCCGAAAGAAAAGGGUGAUACCGUCGACAUCGGGGCUGAGCUCUCCCCUCUGCCGGGGGAGCCCGCGGCGGGCCUGGCCGGAGCAGACGCACCUGGUCCCGGUACUACUGCCCAGGAUGUGGGCAGUAAGAGAAGAGGGUCAAGGUGUUCCAUUUACGAUGGUGAGAAGGUGUACCUGGGAGUCCGCGUCAAAAUGCCAGUGAGGGAUCUUCUGAGGAACAUCCGCCUAGCUCAAGGGGUUGAACCUCAAGAUUUUCAGGACAUCUACGGUGACACAGUCGCAGGAGACAAGAAACGUGUCAAAACUCGCACGGGGCGUCGAACUGCCAAGAAAAAAUGCCCCACUAAAAGCCUGGAAGAGCUGGCAAUCAUCGUUGAGGUACUGGAGGAAGAUCUGAAGACGGGCAAUAACUACUGUUCACCUCCUCAACCGUUCUCCCCCCCUCACCCUCCAGUGUCUCCCGACUGGUCUCCAACUGGUUCCGGGUACUACAGUGACGAGUCUGAUGAAAUGAUCCCCAGCCCCCAGUCCUACAUGACCUACUCGCCGGGCACAGCAGACUACUACCAUGCCCUUUCCCCACCUGGCAUCAUACACAACAGCCCCCAGUUUAUUGGAAGAGACAAUGGAUUGGCGAAGGAGUGGGCCGAUCCCCAGAACCAGGACUGGAAUCUGAACAGCUCUGCCUUCUUCUGGACACAGCUGCAGAAAGAGGAAAGCCAGCUGAGUGACGUCUCUGAUGCUGUACUGCUGGCGACCGAUGGACAUGGCAGAGCAGCCCUCCAUAAAGCAGCGUGUGUUGGGAAGAGGGCACUGGGCUACGCCAUCGCACAACGGUUGGCUGUAUUCAACAGACUGGACCUAAAAGACUCUGAUGGAAUGACCCCCCUCCUCCAUGCUGCAAAGAACAACCACCACCUGAUGGUGGCAGAUCUUAUCCGUAUGGGCGCCAAUGUCAAUGAGACAAACAACUUAGGGAAGUCCUGUCUCCACCUGAGUGCUGAGAAAGGCUACAUCAGAGUCCUGGAGGUUCUAAAACAUGCAAUGAUGGAUGGUGUGUAUGUUGACGUUGAAGCAACUGAUAACUCUGGAAUGAGUGUCCUCCAGUGUGCUUCUGUGGCUCUGAAAGCUACAGUACGUGAGUUGGAAAACAGUACAAGUCCAAAUCACACCAGGCUCCAGACACUCCGUCAAGAGCAGAUGAUGGAGACCCUGGAGUGCCUUCUGCAGAUGGGCAGCUACCUUCAUACCAUGGGGAGCCGGAGUAUGCAACCUAGAUUUGGUUGAGCACCUGGCCCAUCUGCCCGGCAGGGCUUUUUUGGAACCCGACAGUAAUGUUCUGAGUUGGUUAAGGCUUGAAUUUGUCAUAGGGAGAAAAGAACCUCAGUAAUUGUGGUCUUUUUUCUGAGCAUGAGUUCAGGUCUGUUAUGUAAAGCAUCUGAGGUUUUGUGUGUGGUAAAAAUGCCUGACUUGCAAUCAGGUAUUUAUUAUAACCUGCACAGAAACAUCAGGUGCCCAUUAGUUGGUUUCUGUGAAACUUCCAUUGUUUGUUACAUUAGAGUAACAAGUGUGUCUGUCACAACCCACAUGUAAUCCUAUGAAAAUAUCUUUGAAAAUUUGACAGCGUGAUUAGAAAAUAUGGACUUUUUCAUAAAAGUUUUAAGGCUCCAUAAGUGUUAGAUAAAAGUCCAGUCCUGUAAAUUUGUAGCGGGGGGUUUGGCAUCUUUUAAAGGACAUAACACGUUUUAGUAAGCAGUGUAUGGUGACAAUAUUGAGACACUGUUGUAUCCCAUGUAAAGUUUUUAAAAAAUAGUAGUUGUAUAAUAUUACUUUGUAACAUUUAUCAGGUGUUCUUGGGAACUUUGGUAUUUUUUGUGAGAACAAUUGUUUUCAGAGAAAUGCAUGUUUUAUUGUGAUUUUAAGUAUUGUGAGUAUCAUAUUCUGGGUUCAGCUGCUCAAGCAAAGAUGCUGUUUUAAGGUUUAAGAAGUUAUAUGGUUUUACUAUUGAUAAAGAUGAGAAUAUUUUUGAAAAACAGAUGGUAAUUAAUAGCAAAGACUAGUUUAUAUGCAUUUUGAUACUGUAUAAAAUAGGUUUUAUAAAAGUAAUCAGCAACUUGUUUACUUGUGUGUUAGUUGGCAGUAUCUCACAUAUUCAUGCAUGCUAUCUUCUCAUAAAAUGGAAGACUAUAUCAUAGGAGAGACAGUCAAGACAGUCCUGUUCAGUCCUGUUCUGAAAGUAUAUUUGAUAGUUUAUCCACCUGUAAGUGAAACAUGAAUGACUGCUUGAAGCCUUUACAGUGGUAAGAAGGUUAAAACUGUCUCAUGUGUUUUGCUGGGUUGGGGAAUCUAGUUGAUAUUUGUGUUAUAAGCGCUUUCUAUCAUGAAGCAGAACAUGUGAUGUCCACGAUGUCACCAUUGUUUCCUUCAGAUCGUGUUUGACUUACACUAUAAAUCAGUGCACAGACUUCCGCACAGAAGUCUUCAGUCAUCAUUUCAACCAAAGGGUUUCUAAAUCUAAUAACUAAUAAAUGGCAGGAUUUGAUUUGAUCAGUACCAAUUAUUAAGAUAAUGUUAUUCACGAUCUUCAGAGAUGAAUGGAUUGACCGGUGGCCAGCUAGCAUCCGUAGCCUGACGUGUGUGACACUAGUCUGCCCACAGAAAUACAACAUCACAAACGUACAUACACAAAGGGAACAUCUACUGCAAGCGGCUGUUUGCUGUGUUAUUGUACCGUGGUUGUUCAACAGGUUAUAACGUUUUAAAAAUGUUGUUGUCUCAGUGUAUAUUGAUUCAUAAUGGUGGUGGGUAUCACAUGUCAGUAUGUCAGUAUCACAAUUCAUGCCCUGUAAGAGUAUGUGCAUCAUCAUCUAAAAAUGAUGAAUAAACUAAAAAGUUAAGUAAA